AUAGUGGUACAUCUGUUGAUGUCACAUGAAUGGAUAGGCGACCACUCCGAAUGAGCUGCAUCUCUCCACCACCACAGUCUACAGUGUUUGAAAGCCUCAAUGCGGAUUGAAUCAAAUUUAUUUCCCACAUUUAAUGAUAUCUUAGCCAUCAUGGAAUAAUCUUCUAUUUUAUAUUUACUACUGGAUUCUACCUGUUUCACUGGACAGAAAGAACCUGAGGAGCCACGACUCAAAAAUUUGGUUCUGAUUUGUCAGAGAAAUUGUCUGGAUUUUUCUUCGUGAGCACAGACAAGUCUACUACGGUCAUGAAUGUUUUUGUUGACCUUGGUUUUACCAAGAAUGCCUGGUUCUUUUUUUAUUCUUGCCCUUUACUAUUCACUCAAACUUCAUUCUCUGUGUAUGUUACAAUUUUACAGUUAUUUCUAGAAUGCAUUUUAAGAAGUGGUCGUCCUACGACUUCUGUAGUUUUAACAGUCACACCCUAAAAGGAAGUGCACUACUGGAAGGUGUGAUAGUGAAGCUGUAAAUGUCAGACCGACUCUGCUCAAUGUGUGGACACUGUGAAUAUCAUUUAUUGAGCACGUUCACUGUUCUUUGUAAGCCACUCUGCACUUGUUUUUGUUUGUAGCCUUCUCUGUGCCUGGCCCUUUGUCGUGCCAAACUGUGUCAGGCUCUGGCCUUAUGGGACAAAUUGUCUUGUUCCACAGUUGUAUGCUUUUGUAUGAAUGACUGUUGGCAUUGUAGCCUAAUGCCUAUCAGAACUGUAUAUUCAGGAUAAUUUUUUUUAUGUAAAUGCAAACCAUUAUAUUUAUUUAUAAAAACCAGCAAAGAUGGAAGAAAUUAGUUUUGAAAAUGGACUGCAAACUGUGCAAGGUAGACUAGAUAGUGGAGUUGAAGUCCUGCUGACAUGAAGGACAUGAGAACCUUGUAAUGUAUUUGUGAAUACAGCUGUAAAUAUUUCUGACUGGUGUAAAACAGUAUUUUAUUAUUAAAAAAAUGGCUUUUCAAUCAAAUUGGACAUUGACUUAAUUUACAAAUAUUUAGAAGUAUGGCUGUUGCCACGUAAAUCCACAUCAGACGAGAGACCUGUGACAAUAAUAACGAAUCUAAACAUCUAAUAUCAACAUCUGGCAACUUAGCUCCUCACAGGGCAAAGGGCCACACUACACCUACCCGUCUGCAGGGCGCUGUGAACUGCAAGCAACAGGUUGUCCCAGCGGAAUGAAUUCAUGCUGCCUUCCUGUCCUGUAGGAAAUAUUCCAAUUACAAGAAAUUACUCAGGGAGCACAUUGGAAAGGGGAGGGUUUCUUAUACUUGAAAUGCCAGCUGCGACUCUUUGGGGACUGUACGGGGAGUAUGUGAAAUGUAUGGGCAUAGUAUGUGUAACAUGUACCAUCCUCUGGCUGUAAUACAGAUGUAUUUUUGCUGAGCAGUGAAAACAGUGACGGAAUGAGAGGAUGGACACGUUUAACUUCCAGGUUUCGCUAACUGCGGCGAGUGGUUUCCAGUCUUUAUGUUAAGCUAAACGUAGGUGGCGUCCGUCUUCUAAUAAACAGAACAAGUGUUUCGCAAAAUACGGAAUUAUUUCGUUAAGCCACCACUUGCUCACGUCCAGCAUCCCGCCUCUGCCGCUCCAAAGUGCUCCGUCAGUCACGGGUCACCUCUGACUAAUGUACUCCAGAGCGCAACAGGAAUCUACGAGGAGCAUGUUAAUGCAUCACCGAGGACGACUUUUACUUUCGGGACUUGGUGAUCUCGCAUUCACCAGGUGAAGGGAAACGCAACGAAACUACUGUACGAGGAACGCGGACCUGGGAAUAUCUUUCUUCUCCCGAGGAAUUUAUACAUUGCAUUUAACCAAAAGAGUGUUUCUGGUUUGUUCACCGGGAAAUCAUGAUCUGGCUCGUUGUAUUCGGCGGCUUAAUCGCGUGUGCAGGAAACCCUGCGAGUGCUGCCUGUCAACUCAAGCUGAGCCCCCCUGAAGUUGUGGUACAAUAUGGAGACCCCUUCUCAGUGAACUGCAGCUCAUUAUCCAGCAACACAAAAGAAAUGGGCUGGGAGUCCCCACUCGGUGCCAUACAGUUAACAAGUGGGGUCAGCUUUCUUGCCUUAAAAAUAAAAAAUACAUCAGAGUGGGAAAUACCUGCACAAUGCUACAGCAAUCUCGAUGAUGGUGAACAGUGUUAUGAAUCCCUGCCAGUCAUUGUUUACAAAAAGCCGAAGGAUGUGGUCAUGGUCUACCCAAGUCCAAAGGGUCCAAUGGUGGAGGGCAAAGACUAUCCCAUCCAGGGUGACAUUGUUGAUGUUGCACCAGCAAGAAACCUCUCUUUAUGUUUGCGCAACAAAAAUAAGAUAUUAAAGUGUCAGUCAUUUGACAAGCCCAAUUUGCUGCCAGGCAAUAUUUCUUAUGUCUUUAGUCUGACUGCCCAUCGAAAUCUUGAUGGGACUCAGAUCUGGUGUGAAGCAGAGCAGAACUUUUUACCACAAGGACCAAAACUUCCCCAGAUUAAAUCAAAGCCACUUGAAGUCGUCGUACUGUACCCUCCAACCUUCAACAGUCCUACAAAUGAGACGCUGGAAACUGCUGGUAGAAAAAUCACUUUAGAUUGCAAUGCGACAGGAAACCCAACGCCGAUGUACAGCUGGCAUUUACCAGAUCCCUUACAACAGAUGAACAAGAAUGAGAAACAGCUCAUCUUGACCCAGCCCGUUCAGUUUCCAGGGACCUAUUCCUGCACAGCAUUUAAUUCCCAGGGCACCACGACCAAAUAUUUCACCGUCAUCGAAGCUCCAAGGGAUCAAACGACAUUUGGGGCCAUAGUUGGAGGAUUUGUGGCCCUGGGAGUCGUGCUCACCAUUGCUGGUCUGGUAUUUGUGACACCCGAUGGCACAUUUUCUCUCAACAAAGGCAACUAUCGCAGAGGACGACCUACCUCAUCAGGACCCGUAUGAGGCUGACUGUUUUUAAACUCAAUUUUGCAUGGCUUUUCAAUGACAAUUGUAUUUUUAAGUGUUUUUUUUUUUUUUUUUAAAGAGUAUAUCAGCCUUGGGGCAUGGUUUCUUCUGCAUGCUUAGCUGUUGAACUUGUGCUAAUGCAUAGCUGCUGUAGCUUUAAGAAUGCAUAAUCCCAUCAGCUGUCUUCAAAGCUCCACUAAUCAACAUUGUGGUACUAACAGACCCUAUGUUUACAUGCGCUCAAGAUACCAGGGUACUUAGAGAAACCAAGGUACGCAGGUUGGUAAAGAGUGAACACUGUAGUAACCUGGUUACUGUAAAUCUAAGUAUACAUGCAACGGGUCAAUAAUCAGAUCAGUAAUCAGGUUAUUUUGGAGGCAUGACUCAUUUGUUCUAAAUGUAUUGAUGUUACUUCCUGAGUUUCUCAUUUUGUUUUUGUGUUUUUGCGUGUGUCUGUGUCAGAGCAGAGAGGAUGAGCGCAGCUUUCUCUCACAGCGUGAAUGCAUCUCAAUUUUACAAAGAGUCCAAUGUUCAGACUUCUAGAGGCUACUCUGUGUUAGUUUCAGUUUUAGUCUGAUGUUGGGGUGGAUUUAUUUUGAGUGUGCAUCAUCAGCACAUGUAGUUAUUUCCCCCUUUUUCCUUCCACUCAGCUGUCCCAGCAGUACUUUUCCCCUGUCUGAAGUCUUUGUCCUGCAUAUAUAAAAAGCUGACUUGUGACCCGUGUGCUUAGGUGAACAGACACUGACUGAAUCAGAUUUAACUGUUGUACCUGAGAGCAUGAACACCUAACUCUGCAGCUGUACUGAGCUUUUUAGCUUCUUUUAGCUUUUUGUUUUGGUUUUAUGGUCUGCACAUUUACUGUAUGGUUCAGUCGGAGCUGCUGUCAUCAGGCUUGCAUCCACUAGCAGCAGGAAGCUGUUUCCAGCAAAGAAAGCUCUGAUAAACCCACUUUAUACUACCUGUUUAACACCAAAUAGCAGACAAAGUUAGCAACUAUAUAGUGAUGAAAUUUGAACCUGGAAAAGUCUUUUUUUAUUGAUUGUGUUAAGGACAAAAACAGCGCUAUGUAACCAACACAUUAGAUCUAUAAUGCUCACCCACUUUCCUGAUCUACUAUAGGGCCAUAAUAGAUAAUAAGGAAGUUGGUUUGUCAGUUGGUUAUUGAGUUCUUCUGCCCCCAAGUGAUCAAAAAGGAAACACUUUGCACACAAGGGCCAAGGUACAAAGGGAAUUGCUCCUCAUGAUUAUGUUUUUUUCCCACUCAGGUAUAUUAUGUCUCUAAUAUAAAGAUACCUACCAGAACCCUACACUGCAGCUACAGUAAAUUCCUUUAGGUGCUGAUGACGCAACAGGGCGCAGUGUUGUUAGUGAGUUUUUUAAAAUUCUUAUUAGUUUUUUAGUUUUUUUCAUUUUGGUGUAUGAACUAAUCAUAAGUUAUGCUGAUUUCAUGUUGUGUACAAUGGUUUUAGCAUAUAUAUAUAUAUAUAUAUAUAUAUAUAUAUAUGUGUGUGUGUGUGUAAUUUUUUUUUCACUGCUACAGCUCUGGAAUGUUGAAUUGCACUGAUGAUGACUGUGCCAUUUUCCUGUGAUGUGCCUACAAUUUCAUACAAAAGGUUGCUUUGUUGAAACUACUUGAGCCUCUAAAUCCAAUGCCUGAUGUUCCAGUAAAGAAAAGGAGCACUUGGAAAAGGUGCAAAAAUGCUGAUUUUUAUUUGUAAACCUCUGUUUUAUGAAAACUGAGUUUUUUAAAAAGGAAAAUGUAACUUAAAAUGUUUAUGUAUGUGCAUGUGCAGCUUGUGCAUAUACAUCAGCUGUUAAAUAAAGCCAAGUGCUCCAUCAGUGACAUCCUUUGGCAGAAUACUGAUUGAGGCGAAGUCAAACCAGUGUCUUUCAUGACUAUGUUUCCCUGCCACCUUUUGUCAACCCCUUGGACUCUCUCUCUCCCUCUCUCCCUCUCUCUUCCUCUCUCAUUCAAUCUGUCUUAGAUUAUACAGUGCUGAGACUGCCAUACUAAUUAGCACCAAACAAAGUGAAUGUAAAGGAGAGUAUUUGUUAUCCUGCCUGUGGUUGCCAAUAUAAACCUAUUUUUUCUGAAACCAUGUUCUUUAUGUUCAGUCGCUGUCAUUCCCACUAAAGGUUUUGCCAGAAAGCACUGUUUGUGUAUGCUCUGACUGUGUUGCUAUAACAACCUGGCAGAGUGGAUGGUGUUCAAUUUGUCAUGGAGUUUUUUCUUAAAAAAGUUUUAUUAUGAACACAUAUUUCUCUUGAGACCUAGAGGAAGGAACUGCGUGUUCAAAGUGAAACAAGCAUGUACUGUAAUCUGUAAAUUGAGAUUCCCAGCUGUGCUCUGCCAGAAAUACACCAAAAAAAGCAUCCGAUUACUCGCCCUCUUGCACUGCAGUUGCAGUCAGGACUGAUAUUCUGUGCAGCAUUCUGGUCACAGUGUGAGUCUUACAAGCUACAUGCCGCACAACACUAAUACUCCUGCCUGCUGGGAUCUCACAAAGCAUGGAGUUCACAAGCAAUAGGAGACGAGCAUGCGUGCAGAACUGAAACUGUUUUUUUUUUUGUUCACAGCCAGUCAUGAUUUGACAACAGGACAACAGAUAAAAUCAUUGUUUUGGAAACGACAGCCGCACCUAUGCCUGGAAUGCACCGAGCAUGAAUAAAAUAUCAAACCCUGGACUCAGUAUAAUGAGUAGCAAACUGUAGCUCAGGUUUAUGUGGUUUUAUUGCCAUAUUGAAGGAGAUUUACGUGGGUCAGAGGUUAAGGUUGAAAGGAAAGGGCUUCAGAGGUCAUUUCAUGACUUAAACUUGAUCACACUAUAAAGGCAUCUCAGUUACUAUAAAUCAAUUCAAGAUGUGUUAGUAUAUUUCAAAAGAGACAGUUAUCAAUUUUGCUUACCACAUUUUACUCUGUUUAGACUGUAAUAAGCCAGACCUCGAAAUAGAAAAUAGUUGUAUUAAUCUUAUAUUGUCAGUAUGUUGACACAUAAGCUGUGGUAUUUGUACACUUUAGUGUUAAAAUGUACAGGAGAUUACUGCAGUACGAAUGACUGGACCGUGUUUUUUCGAGGCCUACCACCUGUUAAAUUUCCCUCUUUCCCUUUUAACCCCCCACCCACAAAGUCAGCUGGGAUGAAAGGGGGCCCUUUUGUUCCAACAUAGUUCCCUGCAGAGUUGCCAAGCUUGUCCAAGUUGGAAUUUUUCUUUUCGCUCGCCCGUUAAUCGACGGCUCGGUGCAGAAAAUAACAUGGGAAACGACUUUCUGAGAUGGAUUAUGACGUUUUGCAUGGUUUAUUCAGUGUCAGGUGAAGGAUGCUCCCUGAUCCUGAAGCCCUCCAGGGUUGUGGUGGGCUUUGGGGAGCCGGUGUCAGUCAGCUGCGAGGCCGCCCGCCCCGUCCGUGUCCUGGGCUGGGAAUCGGCCAUCAGUGCUGCACACACUCAGCAGGACCUGUCCGUCCAGUGGAAGGUAGACAGCCUCAUCGACUGGAUAGAGGAGCCCAUCUGUUAUGGGGUGUUCUUCACGGCCCCCAGACAAUGUGAGGAGAAACUCAACCUGGUCCUCUACAAAACCCCAGAUAGUGUCUCCAUCAGGCCUGUGAACCACACUGGCCCCAUGGUGGAGGGUAAAGAGUACCAGCUGCUCUGCGAGGUUCAGAAUAUCGCUCCCGUUCAGUAUCUCACCCUGAGGUGGUACAGAGGGCAGACUGAGGUUUAUAACCACUCCUUCUCUGACCUCACGUCCUCCUCACCUGUCCAAGUGUCCUCUAUCCUCGUCGUCACGCCAACCAGAGCUGAGAAUGGAGCACAGUACAGGUGUGUGGCAGAGCUGGAGCUUGGACCAGAGGGACCGCAACCACCUCCUACUGUGACCUCUGAGCCUCUUAAUGCUUCAGUGUACUUUCCCCCAGCAUUCCUCAGUCCUGAACCAGAAGUUUUAGACCUUACAGAAGGUGCUGAAAUCUUCUUAAACUGCACCGCUACAGGAAACCCUGCACCUGUGUACAGCUGGCAAUCCUCCCAUCCUAUGCAGGAAAGGAUGGAGGAUGAAGCAGUUCUUACCUCCUCCUCACUGCUCCCAGGGACCUACACCUGCACAGCCUCUAAUACACUGGAGAAGAAGAGCAAGCAGUUCACUGUCAAGGGCAAGGCCAAAGGUGUUUGAAACAAGAGAUCUUGAGAUGGGAUCAGAUGACCACAUUGGACACACAUGGAGAACUCAGCUAAGGGGAAUUUAUUGCUGUUUCUUUGGAGACAGAGAUGACAAUGCAUUCAUAACUCAUGAGAUAUUUAUGAGGAUCUUGCUAUCAUCCAGAAUUAGAUCUCAUAAAGAAACUGAAUAUACUAUAUUUGGUAACUGCCAUUUAAUUGGUCAGUAUUUUAACAUGGAUGUAUUCUGUGUGGUAGAUUGUUGGUUUAGAAUAUAGCUCACUUUUUAUGCUUUCCAUGUUAUAUCUUGUAUCUAAUUUAUAUUUUUGCUAGACUUAUUUUCUUAUUAAUAAAAAUCAUCCUGUAACAUUACAAAUGUGUAGCUACACUUAAUAUAGAUAUGAUGACAUUAUUGUUAAUGUAUGCUGUAAAUUUAAUACUGCAACUUUAAUACUGAAUGUUAAAGAUCAGCAGGCCAUUACUGUAAAUAUGAACUUUUUCUUAAUUUCCUUAUCUUUAUGAAUAAAAUUUAAAUUUAAAAUGA